AUGGUGGAUCUUGUCGACAAUUCACCCCACCGUCCUACCGAAGUGGCCCGCUUGGAUAGUGCCUCCAAUGUUAUUCUGAUUGAUAAUUAUGACUCCUUCACCUGGAAUGUCUAUCAAUACCUGGUACUUGAAGGAGCUACAGUGAAUGUCUUCCGCAAUGACGAAGUCACUGUGGAGGAUUUGGUAGCAAAGAAGCCAACACAACUGGUCAUUAGCCCAGGUCCCGGUCACCCAGCGACAGAUGCGGGUAUCAGCAAUGCUGCAAUUCAAUACUUCAGUGGAAAGAUUCCAGUCUUUGGUGUCUGCAUGGGUCAACAGUGCAUCAUCUCUUCUUUUGGUGGCAAAGUGGAUGUGACGGGCGAGAUUCUCCAUGGAAAGACCUCGGUGCUGAAACAUGACUCAAAGGGAGUCUACGAAGGGUUGCCGGCUGCUUUCUCUAUCACCCGUUACCACUCACUUGCUGGAACCAAUUCGACCAUUCCGAACUGCCUGGAGGUCUCAUCAACAGCUGAGCUUGAGAAUGGAAGUGGCAGUGUUAUCAUGGGUGUGCGACACAAGGAGCUUACUGUGGAAGGAGUACAGUUCCACCCGGAGAGUAUCUUGACGGAACAUGGACGCGCUAUGUUCAGGAAUUUCUUGAAGCUUACUGCAGGCACUUGGGGCGAGAAGAAGCAGACUGCCUCUGCUGCCAAGCCCCCCGCUACUACGGGCAAGAAAGAGAACAUCUUGGAUAAGAUCUAUGCCCAGCGCAAAAUUUCUGUCGCUGAGCAAAAGAAGAUAUAUUCCCUACGACCAGAGGCUCUUCAAGCUGCUUAUAACUUGAACAUCGCACCCCCACAAGUGUCUUUCCCUGCCCGUUUGAGACAGACAGACUACUCUUUAGCCCUCAUGGCAGAGAUCAAGCGGGCAUCCCCAUCCAAGGGUAUAAUCGCCGCCGAUGUGUGCGCCCCUGCCCAAGCUCGUGAAUAUGCCAAGGCCGGCGCCAGUGUCAUCUCGGUGCUCACCGAGCCUGAUUGGUUCAAAGGCACUAUCGAUGAUGUCCGUGCAGUUCGCCAGAGCUUGGAAGGAUUCACUAAUCGUCCGGCCAUCUUGCGUAAAGAGUUCGUGUUUGAUGAGUACCAAAUUCUAGAAGCACGAUUGGCUGGUGCCGAUACCGUACUGCUGAUUGUGAAGAUGCUGAGCAUUGAGCUCCUCACGAGACUAUACCACUACUCCCGCAGUCUCGGUAUGGAGCCUCUUGUUGAGGUCAAUACUCCUGAGGAGAUGAAGAUCGCUGUUGAAUUGGGAUCCGAGGUGAUUGGUGUCAAUAACAGAGACCUUACUAGCUUUGAGGUUGAUCUCGAAAACACAAGUCGUCUGAUGGAUCAGGUCCCCGAAAGCACCAUUGUGUGUGCCCUUAGCGGUAUUAUGGGUCCCAACGAUGUGCAAGCUUACAAGAAGGAUGGUGUGAAGGCCAUUCUUGUGGGAGAGGCCCUGAUGCGCGCAUCGGAUACCUCUUCUUUCGUGGCACAUCUCUUGGGAGGAUCCACUGAGAAAUCCUCCUCAUCGAGUCCUUCCAAUUCCCCUCUCGUUAAAAUCUGUGGUACUCGGUCUCCAGAAGCAGCCCAUGCUGCUAUUGAGGCAGGGGCUGAUUUCAUUGGCAUUAUCCAAGUUCCCGGAAGAUCAAGAACGGUCUCUGAUGACGUAGCUCUGCGUAUCUCUCAGGUGGUCAAGUCAACAUUACGACCAGAACCUCAAUCUCAUGAUACGUCCCAACAAAUAUCCAAGACGACCACAUCAGAGUGGUUUGAUAAUUCGGUCGGUGUAUUGCGACACCCGUCCCGCGCCCUGCUUGUGGGUGUAUUUAUGAAUCAGCCAUUAUCAUAUGUUAUUGCCCAGCAACAAAAGCUAGGCCUGGAUUUGGUACAGCUUCACGGCUCUGAGCCAUUAGAAUGGGCCAGUUUAAUUCCCGUUCCUGUGAUCCGUAAAUUCGCACCAGGAGACAUCGGGAUUGCUCGACGUGCAUAUCACACUCUGCCCCUUCUAGAUUCAGGUGCUGGAGGAUCCGGCCAGCUUCUGGAAGAAGCCGGUGUCCAGCAAGUGCUUGACAGCGACGAGGGGCUUCGGGUGAUCCUCGCCGGAGGCCUGAAUCCUGAUAAUGUUGCUGAUGUCAUUAAAAGGCUGGGCAAGUCUGCAUCAAAGGUUGUGGCCUUGGAUGUCAGCUCUGGAGUGGAAACUAACGGUGCUCAGGAUCUGAAUAAGAUCCGAGCCUUUGUCAAGGCCGCCAAAACCUCUCACCUGUAA